UCCACCUCUAACUACUGUAUUUUCAUAAAGAAUCGUGCUGAUGAGUAAGAGAUAUUUACAGAAAGCAACAAAAGGAAAACUGCUAAUAAUAAUAUUCAUUGUAACCUUGUGGGGGAAAGUCGUCUCCAGUGCAAACCAUCAUAAAGGUGUGAAGAGAAACGUCAUUUCUAUCAACAGCAAGCAUUUACAGAAUAUCUACCAGGGCCAGAAACUACUGCAAAUGCUUUGGAUAUAUGUGUUAAUUGCAUUCUUCAAACAAUCCUCUGACACAGCUCACCAUGUUAAAACGGGAACUUGCGAGGUGGUGGCACUCCACAGAUGCUGUAAUAAGAACAAGAUAGAAGAACGAUCACAAACAGUCAAGUGUUCCUGCUUCCCUGGGCAGGUGGCUGGCACCACACGAGCUGCUCCUUCUUGUGUGGAUGCUUCCAUAGUGGAACAGAAAUGGUGGUGUCACAUGCAGCCGUGUUUGGAGGGCGAAGAGUGUAAAGUUCUCCCAGAUCGGAAAGGAUGGAGCUGUUCCUCUGGGAAUAAAGUGAAAACAACUCGGGAUUUCCAGCUCAUCAACAUGGACACCAAGUUCCAAACUCCAGUAAUCACCAUAGCUCUCAUGUCUGACUGUUACCUAAGGAAAAAUGGAUAUUACUUUAUACAGAACAAGACUUUAUAUUGUCAUUAAAAAGAUUAUCCGUGAAUAACAAAUCCCAAGUCUCCUGACUUUUCACAUGCUUAAGAAAAAAUUUCUGGGUGCCUGGUUAACUAAUUGGAAUUAUUUUACCUUUAUUCAUUAAAGUGCCAUAAGUAAAUUAA